GUUGGAGUUCUACCAUUGCGUAAAUACCGUGCGUGGCCUUUAACAACGGGCGUGGUUUCCUGAUGUGUUUCUCUCUGCUCCUGCCCCGAGGUUCAAUGCGGAAGACCAACACGAACAGAGCUGAGGGUGAAUUCCUGACAAACUCACCCAGACCCGAGGGAAGUUUCUAAGUCUGCCCAGGUUUCCACCCCUGAAGCGUUUGACCUGUCAGCUCAGAGAACAGAACCAUGUGGCCGAAUCAAGGACCUCCCCCUCCAGUGGGCCCACCAAACCCUGCAUUCCCUCCUGGCUACAACCCUGCAUAUCCCGCUGCACCUCCUGGAGGAGUUUUCCCGCAGCCUCCAAAUCCAGCAUUUCCACCGGGCCAGUUCCCAGCCGGUGUGAACCCAGCUAUGCCGAACGCACCUCCAGGGGCAAUGCCUUACGGAGCUCCUGGACCUUAUCCUAUGGCUCCAGGUGGAUAUCCAGUGGUCCCUCCUGGAGGUGUUCACCCAGGUCCAUACCCACACUCCCCAAAAGGGGGUCACCAUAAAGGCCACAAAGAUCAUCAUCAUGGAGGGAUGAAUCCAAUGUUAGCCGGAGGAAUGGCAGGAAUGGGAAUGGGGAUGGCUGGACACAAAGCCCACAAAAAGAUGAAGAAGAUGAAGAAAGGACAUAAGGCGCACAAGCAUGGGCACCACAAACACGGCAAGUCGUCCAGCAGCAGCAGCAGCAGCAGCAGCAGCGACUCAGACUGAAGACGAUGAAAUGCUGCUUUACAAGAGCUCAGCCUUACUGUUAAUCAUAAACACUCAAAGGUCAUUCUUCUCACUUUAAACAGGAUUUCUGAAAACAUACAGUAUUUCAUCACAUCUAGUAUGGGCUGUAUAUAACACUAGACAUGUAUACAUAGACUGUGAGCAUCCCCACAGCAUUAAUCUGUAUUGGUAUUCCACCAUGCCAUUAUUCUCUUUAUUAAUAUUAUUUGUAGUGUUUAUGUAAAACAUUCUGUAGUUAUGAUUUCUGUCAAACAGUAAAAACACAAACACUGGUUUGCAAAUAUAUUGAAAUACUCUGAAGAGGAACUGUGGUAAUGUGCAGACAACUUUCUUCAUGGAUGUCGUUGGACUUUUGAGAAAAUCUAACACUGCAAUUUAGCAUAAAAAUAAAGCUGAUAAUAAUAAUAGUUAAUUAUGUUUGUUAUGUUAAAUUAAAGGUGGAGAUGAUGAAGGUAUUGACUGUCUUUAUUUAGACCUACUGAUUGUAUUGUCAUUAUUGUACAUGAGUGCAGAAAAAAUAUUAUUCUUAAUUAUUUUGUGUCUGUAAUUAUAUAUAAAUGACCUUCAAUUAAUUCUGCUUAAUAAAUAGAUGUAAAUGAGAAGUCAAAAUAA